UUUUCCUAUGACAGCACACAAAAAUAUCUUUCUACUCUUUAUUCCCCAUUUUCAACAUCACUCCGAUCACCGGAUUCCGGUGACCGGCGUCAACACCACUCAGCUACUCCUAAACCCUAACCGACACUUCCUUCAUGGAUUCUCCCUCCCAAUCCGAUAAACCAAACCCUCCCAAGAAGAAUCGCAGCAUCAUCGCUUUCGUAAUACUUCGAUGGUUUAUCGCAAUUCUAUUACCCUUCGUUUUCUUGUUCUCUCUUCCCUUUCUUUUGGGUUUACUACUUCUCUUCCUCGCCGAUUUCUCUGUCCCUAACCCCAUAUCUCUCCCUUCACACUGCAAAAUCGUCUCCACCGGUGUUGAUAUUAGAUCAUCUAAGGUUUGUGAACUCGGAUUGUUAGAUUAUAAAGCAAAGGAUGUUUUUCGUCAUUUUGAAAGAAGCAAAUUUCGCUGCCGUUAUGAUUACUAUUGGGCUUCAGUAUUCAAGGUGGAAUACCAAGAUCACUUUUCAGGUCAGAGACAAGUUGCGUUUGCUGAGGCUCCGAGUGAAGCCCUUCCUCUUUAUUGCAGGCCUAACUUCGGUGCUGCAUGGUUGACGCAGUAUAAAUUUAAGGUAAACGAGACUUAUGAUUGCUGGUACACAUCUGGCAUUUCAAAAGUGCAUUUAUAUCAAGACAAUCUCUUCGGUUGCCGUGCCGACGAGCAGUCUACUAUUGAGAAGAUUGUACGAUAUUCUACCCAGGCCAUGGAGAUGGUAAAUUAUUGGUUUUCAGAUAAGGGAAGGAGGGCACUGUUUUGGAGGUGGGAAAUAAUAGCUGGUGUCAUAUCUGGAUUCUCAACAGCUUUGAUCUCCAUAACCUUUAUAAUGUUCCUCAAACAACUUCUAUCUUCAUUACAUCGACCAUUUGCUGCACGGAUACUUUCUUGGCGUGUCAAUGCUGUUCUCAUCAGGCGCGUGUGUUUUCUUAUUGCAUACUUAUCUUUUGUGGCUUGGUUAGCUAUUGAAUAUGGGAAGAGGCUUGGUCUCACGGAUAUUUUCAGAUUCCCAAAAUUCUAGCGCUUAUUUUGACGAAGUGCUAUGUCCUUUUGGUUGAAUCCCUUGUAAUAUUAUAAUUGGAGCGGAUGGCAUUCUUGUCCCAUCUGCAGCAAAAAGAAAGUCGUGUAUAGUUCUAGUGGAAUUACAGAUUUAAUAGUUUAAUUAAACAGAGUCAGUUCCUGUUAUUACUUCUGAAAAAUAAAUAAAGUUAUUAGUUAAAAUA